AUGACCUCGCAAAGUGAGGACUCUGUUGGUGACGGAGUGUACUUGAUUGAUCCUGAAAACGACGGAAAUCCUUUGAAGGUCUUUUAUGAUAUGACAACUGAUGGAGGUGACUGCCGUACACUGGUGUUUGACGCUACAACUGAAGGCAGUGCUCUCAUUGGUCACGUGGUCAAGGGUUACGUAGUAAAGUCGCAAGGUGAUUCAACGCAGGCUACACCCCAGCAUGGAAUUCCCUAUCUGGACAUUUUGCAGAGUGAGGACUCUGUUGGUGACGGAGAGUACUUGAUUGAUCCUGAAAACGACGGAAAUCCCUUGACGGUCUUUUGUGAUAUGACAACUGAUGGAGGCGGAUGGCUCCUUGUUGCCAAUCUCGUGAUGAGCGAUUCUUUACCCCCGUCUCCCUGGACGGCUGCAAAAAAUUACCAAGAAAUCCGCAAUUAUUUCAACAAUAGGACGGGUCUAUCGAGAACCGCCAUGAAAGAUUUGAGAAUACGAUUAACUUUCACUCAACUGCGGUUUCACUGCAGUAAACAGCAGCGACAUGCGUUCCACGUGAUCACGGUUGCUAACAGCACUGGUGAAGCUGUAGUUCAGUACUUCAGCGGUCAGACGGAUGAACAGCCUAAAGCCUGUGGCUCGUUUGUUAGAAUGGAGGAUGACAAUUCACAACUGGCUUCAUCCUGCCACUUGUGGGGUAACAAGGACAAUGACAAAUGGGAGAUGGAGACUAAUAAAAAUUCACACCCGAUGUACAGACACGCAGCAUAUAUUCGUCAGGGACAUAACGCGAACUGGGUUAUUUUUCCCGCUAGUGAUGGCAAAAAACAGUGUGAUGACUGCACUAAUGACGUGUCUACAGGCGACUUUUGGAAGAUAUUUGUGCGCUAGUCACAUACCGAAAGAAAUAGAGUAUGCAGGGGUGUAUGUGUCUGUGGGUGUAGCCGCACCCAGGGAGGCACCCAACAAAUUUUUACGUUUAGGCCCCGCCCCGAGGUCCAACCCCUUGCCCUUUUAUAUAGUAUUUUGACAGAAAGGUAUCCUUUUCGUAUACCUUUUAUUGAAAAAAAAAACAUUCCCAUCACAUUACAGCUUGAAAACACUGUAACUGAGGUAACUGGCCCGUCUUAUGAAUCAAUCUACAAAAAAAGGAAGUCUUCUUGUCAUUUUCAUGUGGUGCCCAAUACAUUUAAUGAUACAGCCAUAAGGUGUGUCUGCUCGAAACAUUUUAAUUAAAGGCCCCUUUAAAUACCUAAAUGAUAGAUUUCGCUACCCUACCGUAUACAUCAACUUCUGAAUUCCCUGCCCUUUUAUAUACCUGAAACCUGGCGUUUACUUUAAACUUGACUGGCGGAUCAGGCUUUUAUUGACUUUUGCAGUUUAUUCGAGCCUGGAGUUUAUUAGAGUUUUUAGUCAUUAAUUUUAGAACUUUAAAAUAUCUUAUAAUUAUACCUAAAGUUUACUAUAACCUUGAGGGUCUUACUUACGAAUCUAGGUGGGAGACCCCAUGUUUAUUCAAGAAAAUAAGUUUGCCUAGGACUACCAGCACGCUUCUGUGGUCUGACAAUGAACCUUUACGGUGUCUUAUCGGCUACUUAUUGAAAAGUGUGAUGAAUUUGAAUGUUUACCACUCGCGUUAUCACACAUCACGGAAGACUUUUCCCGGACUCUCUUGCUAGUCAAAAACUAUUCAGUGGGUUGUUAAGUCAGAAGAGAGGUUUUGAGAAGAUUAUUGUUUGUGUCUUAAUAAAAGGCAUAUGAAUUGUCUGAAUAUCAAAGUAGGUUUUGUUUUUAUUAAAUAUUACUAUAUAGUUCACAGCGUCUUCUAACCUCUUUUGGAUUCAAUUAAAUAUGUCGUGCAUUUAAUGGUUAUGAUAAUGGUUAUGAUCAUCCACCAAGCUAUAGGCUUCUGAUGAAAAGAGUUGCCCAUUCCCUAAAACACGAGUCUUAUACGCGGCACGCAGCCCUCCUCGAAA